UUUAAGAUUCAGUGAAGUGAUAUGUCAAACAUUAUUAAAAAAAUAAUAAAAAUAAAAAUGCGUUUUUUGCAUUUUGAAAAACAAUGGCCAUCUUACCCAAGUUUAUUCUACGAAAGAAUACGUUCGUUUCUUUGACACACAGUUAAGUACGAUUUACUAAAAAAAUUCUAUCUACUUUUUUCGAUCUCCAAUAAAAUAUACAUUUGUAAUAAAAAAUAAUUUUUAUUAUCGAGAUUAUAUAUUUCAGAUUUAAAAUGGAAGCUGAAAACUUUAUUGAUAAACUGUUAAAUAAUUAUCAUACAAAAUUACCAAGUUAUAUAAAAUUACUUUUAAAUUAUGCAGGCUAUGAUAAUAUUAUAUCGAUUUCGAAAAUAGAUGAUGCUUCUAUAGCGGAAUUAGAAAAGUUCGCAAAAGAAGAUUUAACUAAACUUUUAAAUGAAUUAGUGGAAUUAUUUAUCAUGGCAAAAUAUAUCAUCGAAAUCCAUCACUUUUCAAGAUUCUUGAUGGUUAGGUUACAAGAAACUACUGUUACAUUUAAAGGAAAUCUGUGUCAAGGAAGUUGAAAAUAUUUCAAAUAAAUUUUGUAUAAAAUGUAAUGAGAAAAAUAGUACUCGUGAAGGAAAAAAAGAAAAGAGCCAAAAGAAAAGAAACUUUCGCAUGACAUGCAAAGAGAAGCAGAGGAAGUAAUAAUUGAAAAUGACAAAGAAAAUAAAACAGAUAAUGCUAAAGAAUACGUAGAAAAUUUGGCUAAAAAAUAUGUUAAAAGAUGUAUUGAUGAGUACUGUGAAGAACAUAUUGAAGACUUUAUUUAAAAAAUUGAUAAUUUAAAGGUCACAAUGGAUAAUGAAAAUUAUUAUGCAAAAAUUAAAUGCUGCUUCUGCGAUUUUAUUUCCACAGGAUAUUCGGUAAAAAAUUCUGGAAUUGGAAGAAAAUGGAUAUUAUCUAAUUUUAAUAAGCACAUUUUAAUUCAUAUGAAAAAUAGAAGAAACAAAAAACAGAGAAAAGAAAACAAACCUAACAAUACUUUACUUUCAUUUAUAAAAGUACAAAAUAACAAUUCUUUUGCAAGUUCACUUCCAAGUUCACUUCCGAGUUCAACUCAAAGCGAAAAUAAAAUUCAAAAUAACAUAAAUAUUUUAUCUGAAAUUACUGUUACUAAUAGUUUGGCCAACACUAAUGCCAAUACUAUUCAAAAUGCGGAAAUUUAUAUUUCGCCAAAUAUAAAUCCCAUAGAAUUAAAUGCAUUUUCUUUGACAAACAGCUCGAAAACAACCUGAGUUACAACCAUUAUGUCCAAGUGUAACCGAUUGCAGUGAAACUUCUAAUUUAUUAGAAUUAUCGGAUUUUUACGAACGCAGAAUUAUUGAAGAGGCUAAUAAUUCUGCAACGUUAAAUAAUGAGCCUCAACUACAAAUGGAAAAGAAUGCAAAAGUAGAUGUCAUGAGUAGACAACAACGAAAACUAAAAAAAUUUGAAGCAUUUGAUGAAUCCCAGACUAAAAUUACAGAUUAUUUUCUUAAAACUAUUACAAAAAUUAUUGAAGACCAUCCUGAUUUACAAAAUACUUUGUUAAGUAUCGCUAAUACAGAAAAUACAAGCAAUUUUGCAAAUAUAAGUUCAUUCUUAGAAUGUUUAAAAGAUACGGCAAUGAAGAAUAUCAAACGCAAGAAACAUGGAAACAAAUUUACUAGCCCUUUAAAACUUUUUAGUUUAUAUAUUUUCAUUGUUGGUGGUCGUGUGCUCUAUGAACUUUUACAUGCGAAUCUACAAAGUAUAUUACCAUCAAUUACAACAAUUAACAGAUUAAUAGAUAAGGAAAGUAAUAUAGUCAAUGGAAUAGUUCGAUUAAAAGAAUUAAAAUUGUUCUUAAUAAAACGAAAUUAUCCUUUAAAUGUAUUUAUUUCUGAACAUCAAACCGCAAUAAUUAAGAACAUAGCAUAUGAUUCUAAAAGUAAUCAAAUGAUUGGCUUUGUGUCUUCAUGUAAAAAGAAUGGAUUUCCCAAAAAUAAUUUUUAUGUAAAUUCUGUAAAAGACAUUGAAAAUGCCUUUUCAAAAUAUGUUGUUGGCUGUAAUGCCUAUGUGUACAUGGCUCAACCGCUUAUUGAUAACGCACCAGCAUUUUGUUUAACAGUUUUUGCAAGUGAUGAUAAUAGAUUUAAUCAUAAUGACGUCUUAGCUAGAUGGACGUUCUUAAAAAAUGAACUUGAAAAACUUGAUAUACAAAUAACUGGAUUUUCAAAUGACGGUGAUACAAGGUGCUUAAAAGACAUGAGAAUAUGGUCUAAAAUUCCUUUAUUGUCUAAAAAUCCAUAUUCUCCUUACUUUCAGAUAGAAUUUGAUAUAAAAAAACCAGUAUGUAUUCAAGACACAGUUCAUAUUGGAACAAAAAUAAAAACAAGAUUUUUAAAACCGAAUGUAUUUUUACCGAUGGGCUCAAAAAUUGUCUCUCCAGAACAUGUGAAAAAAUUAAUAAAGCAAUUUUCUAAAGAUAAACAUUUAUUAUGUGACAGUGAUCUUGAACCAAAAGAUAAGAUGAAUUUUGAUGCAGUUAAAAAAUUAUGUGCGCCUCGAGUAACGGAAUUAUUAUCUGCUAUUCCAAAUAGCCAGAGUAACAAUUUCUUAUUUUAAUUAAACGUAUAUUAAAUUCUUUUUUAAAUAAAAAAUUAAAAAUUGAAGAGCGCAUAUAUUCCAUGUGGCACGCAACAUUUUUUUUAAGAUUGUGGAGAAGGUGGUUACAAGAAAAUAACUACAGUAUUGAUAAAAAUGUUAUAACUUCUAAUGCUUACACGUCCAUAGAAUUAAAUGCACAUGGUUUAUUAAUAUUGAUUGAAAAAUUACGAGAAAAUAAUCAGUUUACACCUUGGUUAUGUAGCAGUCAACCAUGUGAAAAAAUUUUCAGACAAAUAAAAUCCAUGACAUCUACUUUCUCAACAAUAACUAAUUUUAAUUUAUUGAGCAUUUUGAGACAUUUAAAUCGAGUGCAACUUUUAAACGACAUAAGUACUGACUUAAGUAAGUUUAAUUCAUAAUAUUUUAAUUAAAUUUAUACAUAAUUAUAAAAGUUCAAUUUACUUUAAUAAUAUAUUCUUAUUUCAAGGCGAUACAUUUCUAUUUCCACGAGAAGAAAAUAAUAGAUUAGGAAUUUCUUCAGAUAGAACUUUAAAUUCUGAUGAAAUUCCAUCUACAAAAAAAAUUUUACAUAUUUUGGACACCGCUAAAAAUGAUGCACUAAAUAUUGCAAUAAAAUUAGAAAUGAAUAUGAAUGAAGACAUAAUAAAGGAAAGUUUUGAAGAGAUCAACAUUCGACAUUUAAUUGACGAAGAGGAAAAUGAAGAAGAAGAGGAAAAUAAUGAUGAUAUUAUAGAACAACAAAAUGAAGAUAUUGUAUCUGCCAGUGAAGAUUUCGGAAAUUUCGAAGAUUUGGAAAAUUUGCCAAAUGAUAUUUUAAUAUUUAAAAAUUAAACAAAAUUAAAUUUAAGAGAUUAUACAACUAACUGUACAGAAAGUAAUAAAGGUUUAUUUUUAGAUGUGAACGUUAAUGGAAAAAAAUAUGUUGUGAGAAAAUCUUCGCUCUGUUGGAUAUAUCAAAAUAAAAAUAGAUUGUCUAAUGACAGAUUAUAUCGAGUUCGUGGUAUGAACAUUGCAAAUACAAAUGAAAAGUCGAGUGAAAAAUUGAAGAUAGAAUGUGAAAAAUAUAGGUACAUUAGAAUUUUUGUAAAAUUUUUUUACUGCUGAAUAUUUUAAACUUAAUAUUUUAUAAAAUAACUGUAUUAUUAAUUGUAUUAUUGAUAUUUAGAAAAUCAUCUGUCGUCAACAUUCACCCAACAAAAUUUUGUUUUAUGGUCGGAAGUCAGUCAGAGUUUUUUCCAAAAGAGCACUUUGCUUCAGAUGAAGCUUGGGAGCGAUUUGUAAGAGUUAUGGCUGCUGAAAAAUCUAAAAAAUCUGCUAUCCAUAUGAAGUUAACUAAAAAAGAAAAAAUAAAUACUAAUAUAAGAGAACUAAUCAAAAUCAUGAAAGAGAAACAGUUUUCUAAAGCUGCUGAAUGUUUACAGGUAAAUUUGUAAUUAUAUGUAGCAGUACAGUUUCAAUAUACACUUCAAUCAUAUAUUAUGUAAUGGAAAAAUUCAUAUAAUUUUUUCCUGUAAUAUUAUUUAAUAUUAAUAACUAUAAUUAAUUUUAAUUAAAUAAUUACAGUUAAAUAUAAGUAUAAAUAUAAUUAAUAUACAUAAAUAAAUAUAAAUUGUAAUUAUAUUUCAAUCAAUUGUAUUUUUAUGUUUAAUUGUUUUUAUAUAAAAUGUACUUUGUACUAUAAUUGAACCAUAAAGUGUGUAAUUAUGAGAGAAAUUUAAAUAUACAAUCAUUAGCAUCAUA